AUGUCUUUGACUUUAAUUAGAACGCUUUUUCCUGGUGUCGCGGUUGUGACCGGCGCAGGCGGAACUGGCAUCGGCGCAGCCGUUGCAAAAGCUUUUGCAGCUUCUGGGUGCGAACGUAUUGCCAUCACGGAUGUGAACGAAGCUACAUUACAGCAAACCAAGGACGCGAUUACUGCAAAAUAUCCUCGCAUCCAGCUCUUUGCUCAUCCUGGGAAUAUCGCCGACGCCCAAUUUGCAGAUUUCUGGAUACAACACACUGUUCGGAAAUUUGGUCGUGUUGACUAUGCUGUCAAUUGUGCUGGAGUGCUUGGACAACCGGUACGAUCGGCUGAAAUGAGCCUCGAUGAGUUUGACCGUGUCAACAAUAUCAACUACCGUGGCUGCUGGCUGGCAUCACGGGCUCAACUUAGACAAAUGAUCAAACAAGACGCUCUGCCUAGUCAUGAUCCCGAAAGACCCGCGCAAAGAGGCGCCAUUGUCAAUAUCGCCAGUCAGUUGGGGAUUGUCGGUCGGCCAGGUGCCCCCGCAUACUGUGCUUCAAAAUCAGCUAUCAUUGGUAUGACCCGUGCUGACGCUAUCGACUAUUCUCAAGAUGGUAUCAGGGUGAAUUGCGUGUGCCCAGGGGUCAUUGAAACGCCUUUGAUCAUGGCGAAGGCUGAAAUUCGCGAGACAGUCACGCCUGCGGCGCAAAUCGCCCCGAUGCGAAGAAUGGGUAAGCCCGCAGAAGUUGCGGAUGCCGCCCUAUUUUUGUGUUCGAGUCAAGCCUCCUUUGUUCAAGGGCAUGCCCUUGUAGUAGACGGUGGAUAUAUUACAGUUUGA